AUGUCGUUCUACGGCGUGAAAUCCCACACCUACCGGCGUCAGCUCCGCGAGGAGGUGUCACCCCACGCCACAGGUGACCUUAUUGUCAAGCUAUUUGGGGAGGGUGUGGAUGUUCCCGUGCAGCCUCUCCCACAGUUGGGUGAACACGGUGCCCUCGUCUUUCCCAAGGAGGACGAAGUCCGCACCGACCUAGCGAGGCAGUCAGGCGUGAUCACCCGGAUGGAGCUAGGGGGUUACGUUGUGUGUGCGGCUGUCAUGGGCCUGGCACGUUCGCUGGGCAUUUCGGAGGAUCAGCUGCUGAGUGGAGCGGCACAUGAGCUUCAGGCACACGGGACGCCUCUGCUGGCGCAGCCCACGUCCAAGAACCACGUGGGUCACGCCGCAUCUAUGCGGACGCUCGGCAUGACCAUCCACCCGACGCCCUGUCCGCUUCAGGUGCCAUCGUUCCCUUCUGCGCAUUUCGAUGGGGCGUCCACCAUUCAGAGUGACCCGACACCAACAGAUGUCAAGCCCAUGAAGGAGGAGCAGGAUCACCCAACCGCUCCAGUGACUCUGGCAGCACCGCCGACGGUCUCGCGCUCUGCCAGGUAUCGCACGCGUCAGGGCACUAGGGCUGCAGAACGGGCCGUGCAUCAGAUUAGCAUGCUUGCCGCGUACGGUCAGCGGCCUGCAUCCAGCCGCUGGACAGGGGUGAGUUGGUGCCCACGGGGCCGAAAUUGGGGGGUUAAGAUGGUGUGCGGGCCAGGCACUGGUCAGCAGAUCAGGCUGGGUGCGUAUACUGUGGAGCUCAAUGCGGCGUAUGUGUAUGCCGCGGCUGCAUUUGUGAUCAGGCGCAAUGACCACAUCCCGCACACAAAGGAGCUGUCGGACGCGGAGAAGGCCUCCCUGAUCGGGUGCGUUCGCGACGACGUGCGUCAUCUGGUCAAGGCACGGAUGUGGUGGAGGUGGCGUCAGUGGAGGACAGCAAUGGCAGAGCUGGGCAUUGCUCCUGGUACUCCGUUCCCCCUCGAAAACAAUGGCGCUCGCUCGCCGGACAACAGCAGUGGUGAUGACGACGUGGAAGACCGGAUGGUCCACGAUGUGAAGGCGGAGGACAAGUAG